AUGAUCGUAGUGUGCGAUAAACCAUUGUCGAACCGAUAUCACAGGAUAACGUUCCGGCCAUUCCCAUCACAACCGGGUGGCCUGGAAUUCAAGCCCGGACACGACUACUACUUUAUAACACUACCGACAAUACCAUCCCAACCACCCGUGUUGUGUAAAUCGCAUCACAUGAAAGUCAUGUUCAAAAUAUUUGAUAAUAGAAAACCAUUGUUGGUUACACCUACCACCACCACCACCUUCACCACAACUAUUGCCACUCCUAUCACUACCACUACCUCUACCACCAUCACUACCAGCACCUCUACUACCACAGCUACUACUUCCACCACCACCUCCACUACCACUCCCGCCACCACCAGUUCCCGUAUUAAUUUAAUUUGGUAUGACGAAACCGCAGCCUACCCUUCCCGUACACCGGAUAGUUACAAAAAGAUUGACUUGAAUUUAUGCGACAAUUGGAUUACCUAUAAAAAGGAGAAGUGCUAUAAAGUCGUAUCAAAAAGGGUGACAAAAACUCAGGCUCUUCAGGAAUGUCUAACACUGGACCCCAAGGCCUCACUGAUCACCAUUAGCUCCAAAGAGGAACAGGAGUUUAUUACAAACUUUAUCGCUAACUAUAGUAGCAUUACGGACAAAGUAUGGACAGGUAUGAAUAAUAGCAAUGUCCAUAGUUAUAGCAACUGGGUCGAUGACACACCCUAUGAGUACUCAACGCGAAUUUACGAUAGCUACCAGGGUAAUCGUAUGGUAUCCAUUGGGUUCUGUGUGCAAAUGUCAGUCAAUGUUAACUUUAUGGGCAAAUGGUAUUCAGAGCCGUGUGGGCGCCGGGCUUUAGUUGUCUGUCAGAAGCGCCAGGAGUGGACUAUGAAUAUAGUGAGCACUGCCCUCGAAAAUCUGACCCAGAUCGUAAACGCCCAACAAAAUAUUAUCAAUUUACUAUUACGUGAACGCAAUACCAAUGUUAACUCUAUGGCAGCAAACAGACUCAAUGAUAAGUCUACGGGAAAACAGAAUAAUCCUAAUAAUACUGUGAACACCGAGCAAAAUGACUACUUCUACCAGGGAGAUCUGGGAGCUACCACUUUUGCCAUACCUAUUGGAUUUAUAUACACGCAACUUCCCAACCAGUCGGAGCCCCGACACCUCUGGCCACUGACUACAUGGGCUGAUGUAACCAAAGAAUAUUCUGGAUUAUUCUUUAGGGCAGAGGGUGGAGAUUCUGGAGUUUUUGGACAAAUUCAACCAGCUAACUAUUCAACUCGUAAAGUUUUUGCUACCGGUGCCGAGACUGGGACGGAUGGGGCACUGAAUGGCAUUCCUAAGGAACAGUUAUAUGAUGUACGGGAGGGUCAGUGGAAUGGUAUGCAAGCGUUGAAUAAGAUAUUGAUUUAUACGACAAAAGGCGAGAAUAGACCCAUAAAUACGGCCAUAAAGUUGUGGAAACGUAUCGCUUGA